GGUUAUUAUAUUAGUUUUGUUUUUUUCAUUUUUUAAAUGUAUCUACAAGAGGGCAAAUUACUUGCACUCUUCUUCCAUGUGAAACUUCAGGUUGUGGCGGAUAUUCUUUUAUCGAAUUACAUAAUCGGGAGGUGAUAAAAUAAUUCAGAAUUUACCAACAUAAAUCUGAAACAAGCUUUGGGAAAUUAAUCUACUCAUCUGCAGAGUUGUUUUCUCGAGCUGUCCCUUUUAGUUUUUCUUUCAGGCGUUCCUCUUUGUUGUACUGAUCAGAUAUCAUUAAAAUCAGCUCACAUGGACGCAGCUUUAAGAUUUGCCUUGUGAUAAAAUAUCUCGCUUAGCACUUGGUUAAUACACUUUAUUGAUUUGUUUAAUCUUGGUCAUGUGGAGUUUCCCCGAAUGUAAAAUCAAUCUGCUGUUGUUCUAAAUGUCUAAAUAGGGCAGAUCAGAUGGAAGUAUAAAAAGUGUACCACAGUGUCACAGUUUAGAAGUUGUCUGACAAUGCCACAGCAGGGUUAUCCUCAGUGAAAGCCCUGAAACUUUCGUGCAGCUGGCAGACUCUUUUUGUGAAGGAAAACCUCAAGCUUUGGCAUUUUAACUGAACCAACAGGUGUGCAGCAUCUAAGUGUGUGAGGCUCUAAAAGUGGAGCUGACGUUUGAGACUCCUGCAGGUUUAUUCUGCAGGAUUUUCACCCUCAGACGACAGACUCUGCCAUGCCACGAUCGUUCCUCGUCAAGAGUAAAAGGACUCAUCCUCUUGGCCAGUCCAAGGACUCCUUUAGACAACAAUCCCAGCACCAAACAGAUGCCGACCAGCCUGUGCAGCAUGCGAUGGGACAGGGCAGGAGUUCUCCUGAAGGUGCUGUGCAGCCUUUGUCGCCCACGGUAGGGGUCAAGGACCUUCUGGCUGCAGGGUGCUCACCGUGGGAUGGGAUGGCAAUCCGGUCUGCCCCCAUAGAUUGGCCUUCAGCCCCUGUGGAGAACAGAGACGCUCCUCUGUGGCUCUCGCCCUGGUUGGUGGACCGACACCAGGCGUCUGAGAGAGAGAGGGAACUGGAGAGACUGGUCUUCAUGUUACUCAACCACACAUCGCACACCGAUCUCAAGUCCCCCGUCAGCAAGUGUCCACUCUGUGAAAAGUCUCUUUCAGGAGUGUUGAUGUCAGGAGGUAACCUGCAGACUCACGUUCACAACGUCGGCUCUGUCCCGUUGAUAAGCUCGCCGACAGCCGCCGACAUGCCCGACAUGCACUUCGGCUUCAGAGCAAUAGGCGGCUACGCCAGAGCAAAGGAGCGAAGCUUCGGCUGCAAGGUCUGUGGAAAGGUGUUCAAGCGUUCAUCCACCCUGUCCACGCACCUCCUCAUCCACUCAGACACUCGGCCUUACCCAUGCCAGUACUGCGGCAAAAGGUUCCACCAGAAGUCAGACAUGAAGAAACACACCUUCAUACACACAGGUGAGAAACCACACAUCUGCAAGGUGUGCGGUAAAGGAUUCAGCCAGAGCUCCAACCUUAUCACCCACAGCCGAAAGCACAGCAGCUACCGGCCGUUCAGCUGCCCCCGCUGUCAGCACAGCUUCCAGCGCAGGGUUGACCUGCAGCGCCACCAAGAGAUGCAAUGUGGCUAUGGAGACUUGUACACUCAGAAUCCAUGAAGCCAAUAUAGGAGAGGUGGCGUUUGUAAAUAAUAUUCAAGCAUUUGUAAGUGUACAAAUUGAAGGUAAACACCAAUAAAAGUUGAUUGAUUCUG